AUGUCUACCUCGUAUCAAGCCAAAGAAGGCUACAUGAACCACGCUGAGCAGUACAACAAAUUCGAGUUCAAGCCUGCGGGAAUUCUAGAGUCCGAGCUUGCCAAAAUCGCCAUCGGAGAUGCCUCGGGGCUGCUUGUCCUUGAUCUCGGCGGCGGUGCUGGUGUCCACGCCCGAGAAGCUGUCGAUGCGGGUGCAUCUCGAAUCGACCUUGUGGACAUAACCCCCACAAUGUUUCAAGUCGCCGAGGAGGUUGAGAAAUCUCUUCAGCGGGAAGGUCGACUGCGCUUCUUUGAAGCCGAUGUUUCAUUGCCACUGGACCAUCUGCCGCUCGAACCGGCCUAUGAUCUUAUCAUGGUGAAUUGGGUGUUGGACCAUGUUGGCAGUAUCCAGAUGCUCGAGGGGGUAUGGAAGAACGUUGAGAAAUACCUCAAGCCUGGUGGCAAGUUCCUCGGCGCCCGCGUUGCAGACGCGAAGUCUCAUUGCCUCCAAGUUGGCAAGUAUGGGUACAUUUACAAGAACUUUAGACCUAUCCCGGGAGGUCUGGCUUAUACCGUGUCUAUUCCCGGAGAUCCUGUUUGGGAAUACCAGGCUGCUUCUAUGGAAGCGAGUCUGUCUGGUUCAUUCGAGGUGGAGAGAAAGUAUGGCUUCACAGAUAUUGAGGUUAUACCUUUUGAGAGGGCGGAAAUGAUCCAGAAGGAUCCCGACUUCUGGAAACUGUUCUUAGAAAGCCCGCCUUUUGUUGUAGUGAAAGCGACCUAG